AUGUCGGAUGAAGAAACAUGCCUUAAGAGGCAGAGCUCCCAAAAAUUAUACUAUGGCGAUUUUAAUAAAGAAGUAGGGGGGGCUACUUGCGAUGAUAUGUGUAUUCAGAAAAGGGAAGAAUUAAAAGGUAUACUGAAUGGAGAUGAAAAUGCAGAAACUAUAGCACAAACAAUUGCAGAAGGUUGGUGUGUUGUGAAUAGUAAAUGCGGAAAGCAGAAACCGCUCUUGUUCGAUGGUGUUACUUUUUAUUAUUGGUUGGGAAAUGAAAUAUCCAAUGUAGUAGGAGAUGAAGAGGGAAAUUUUCGGAAUACUAUAGGUACUAUAUGUGAUAAAGUAAAGAGCACUGUUGGAGGGAAGGAAUACCCUUAUAUGUGCCCUAAGGUAACGAAAAAACAGUUUCAAUGGUUAAAAGUAAUAUACGAUUACACUCUUAAUUAUAAAAAUGGAAAGGACACCAUGGUAAGGAGGGACAAUGCAUGUACAGAUCAAUGUAGGAGCUACGUAAGGAAUAUUAAAGAUAAAUAUGGAAACGAGAGAGAAAUAUGUAAGGGAAGUGGAGUAACGGACUGUUAUAAGGAAAUUAGGGGAAUGUUCAGUAGUAGAGCAGGAAGAACAAUUAAGGAACCAUCAAAAUUAACAUGCCAACCUCCUAUAGCAGUCAAACCUGCUACAGCAGCAAAACCUGUUGCAGCAGUACGACCUCCCGCACCACGAGCAGCAGCAGAACAUCUAGGACAACCAAGAGGUGAAGAAUCCUCAAGGGAUGGAGUAACUUCCCAAAGUGUACAUUCUAGACCUGAAGCAAGACCUGCACCACCUGAACCACCAGGUGAACCAACACGCCAAGCAGGUAAGUAUGUUAUAGAGUGA